AUGAUUGGUGGUUUAUGUUUGGGAAAGACUUUCAUUUGUGUAUUUCCUUUAAUUUCAUUUCUUGUCAAUUCAAAGAAUGAAUGGGAAAUGGGCUUAGCAUUUGCAACUUCAUCCUUUGGAAUGUUCUUUAUUGGUUUCUUGAUUGGAUUUUUAAUUGUUGAAAUUUAUACAAGAGUUGUUUACAAGUUGACAAGAUUCACAAUCAUGCAAGGUGUGGUUGAAUGUGCAGUGUUAAUUAUUGAUGAUGGUUUUUCACCUGAAGAACGAUUUCAAGCAAUUAAAAACUUGUUUGAAAAAGAAGCCAUUGCACUUUUCAAAGAUAUGGAAGAGAGAAAACAAAUUAGAAAUUUGGAAUUAUUUCUUAAAUUUUGCAUGCUUUCAGGAAAUGAAGGAAAUGAUGAUACAUUUGGAUUUUCAGAUAAGGAUAUGGCUAUUUGUAUGAUCAAAUCAGUCUCUCAACACAAAAGAUUUCAACACAAAAAUCUUCUCGUUUCAUCAAGUUUAUUAUGUGCUUACUUUUGGGAUAUGGAUCGUCAAGUGACUUUUCAAAAACCACCAAAAUCUUAUUGCAUUUCCUCUCUUGAAUAUUCUCAAACACUUUUGAAAAGAGUGAAGAAUGAAAAGAUGGCAUUAUUAUUGAGUUUCAUGUUGAAAGAAAAAUUGAAACAAAUUCAAGAUUCUCUUCGAAGAGAGAAAGGUGACUCAAAAGAUUUUUCAACUUUAUUGGACAUGUCUGAAAUGUUGAAUCGACUUGAAAAAGAUACUCAAACCAUUGUUCAAUGUAGAAAAUUGGUUUGGAAAGAGUUGAUGAAUGACACUGUGAAUGAAAAUCGAGUGUUAGAAAUUAAUAGAGCUGCAUCCACUCUCAUCAUUGAAUGUGAAGAAACUUUUGAAAAUUUAAUGAAACUCUUCUCUGAAGAUAAGAGUGUGUUGAGAUUGUAUGCCAGAUUCAAUGAAGAGGUUCUCUUCAACACUGAGAAAGCUUCUGAACUCUAUCAAGAUGCUCAAAGUAUUGAGGAGGAAGACUCGAGGAGGGGACAUGAAAAACACACAAGUCAUUUAUCCAACAGUAUAAGCUUUAAAAUUGGUUCCAAAAAUCGUGUGUUACCAUCUACAACUUCAUUCAAACAGACAUCUCCAUUUCACUAUAGAAGCUCAAUGAAUAUUAGACACUCCUUAUCCAAAACGAACAUGCAUGUGACAUCUAAUCUCAAUGGGCUCCAAGGAAUCUCCAAAGAAUUAGUUGAGGAUACAUCCAUCUUUGACAUUUCUGAAGCAGCCGACUCACCCGAAGUGAAAAAGGAAAUCAUUUACAAGAACUCGAUUGCUACAUCCGAGAAUCAUUUUCUUUGGUAUGCAGCCAUGAUCUCAAUGAAUAUCAUUGUUGUUGCUCUUUUCCUUGCAAAUGUCAUUUUGGCAUGCAUAGCAGUUAGUGCCUCUACAAAAGAUCUGAAUACGAUUCAACGUGCAUGUACUCCUUCUGCACGAUCUCUCACUGUCAUUUCAGAUUUGAGAGUGCACCAAAUAGUGUCUGAAUUAUUUGGCAACAAGUCGUUUCCAACAUCAUUGACAUCGGCUGGACUUGUGAAUAUGAGUGAGUUUGACAAUGAGUUCUCAGAAAGAGUAUCGAUAGCCCUAAAAGAUUUUUAUCAGAUUCAAUAUUUGGCUCUUUCAGGUCAUUUAUCAGAUCAAAUUUACAAAGAGUAUUCUGCAGAUUCACAUCUAGUUUAUUAUCCAGAAAUUCCACAUGGCAAUCUAUAUGGUCAAUAUCUCAACCCAAGACCAAGAAAUGUGAGCAUUUCCACUCUCACUAACUCUUUCUUGCAAUAUUCUGAGACAAUGGAAAACUGGAAGGGGAAUGAUUUUAACAAAACGGUUCUUACUGAUUUUAUUGCCAUGUAUUUUUGGCACAAUAGAGACACACUCGCUCAAAAUUAUGGAACUUUUUGUGAAAACAUUUCAAACGAGGUGUUCAGUAGUAUCACACUCAUUAGAAAUGAGUUUAUGUACUAUUGUAUCGUAUCUGUUAUCAUUUCAUUGAUUUUAUGUUUGCUAACUGGUAGUAUUCAAAUGAUAUUUGCCAUGAAAAUACGAAAAGUAGUGAAACUGUUUGAAAAAUAUAUUCCAAAAGAAGCAAUCGGUAAAAUUUUCCAUGAAAUCAAAGUCAAUGAGGUAGAAACGAAAGCUACAAAUAGAAUGUGGCAUCACCCAAUCCUUAGAACCCUUACGUUUGUAGUAUUAUUGGGUGCAUUAUUCUUUCUCUGCUCUGCGCUUUUAUUAUAUUUUGCCUUGUCGUCUACGGACCAUUCACGUAGUAUUAUAGCAAAUAUUGAAUACUCAGUUAAGGUUGCAGCCUCUGCCCAGAUUACGACCAUGCACAUUGGUGAGAUUUUUGCGUUUGGAAUCUUAUCUUAUGAUAAAUAUUACUUGAAUUCAGCAUUACUCUUUGAUCAACAUGGUGUGCUUGAAUACCAUGAAGAAAUGGAUCAAUUGACAAAGGAUUUAGAAAGAUAUUGGGAUAAGUUAAUAUUUGGACAUGAUGACGUUCCUCCACUCGUUGGAAAAUAUCCUGAAAUUGAUGCCAUCUUGAAUUGUCAACAGAACGAUUCUUUUGCGAAUUCAACCAAGUGUGAAAGUUUGAAUGACGUGAUUCACAGCUUUCUAUUGAAGGCCAUUGAGAUUAAUGAAAUUUAUGUCUCGGCAGGAAAAGAUCCAUUCACAGUGUUUGACCAAUAUUUCACUUAUGUUUAUCAAGUAGGCCACAAAUUAGCCGACGGAAUGAUUAACUUUAUUCAAAUUUAUGUUGCCAGUGUUCAAAGAGAUGACAGUCAAACUUGGACAAUUUUAAUUGGAGUACUCGGACUCCUACUUCUUCCCCUCAUAGCCUAUUGGUCGAUCUCAAGUGUGUCAAAACAAUUUUUAGAAAUGCAUUGUUUGAGAAUGAUGUUAAAUUACGUCAAGGUUGAAAACAUUGAUGCAAAAGAACCACUCCGAAAUUAUAUUCUCUUCCAUCAAUUGAACUGGAAUCAUAAGAAGAAAAAACAUGGCACAAGUGAGGACGACAAGGUUCGAAAUGUUCUCAAUGCGACUGUGGAUGGAGCUCUUUUGUGCAAUCAAGAAUUUGAAGUGGAUAUUUACAAUCCAUCUGCACAGAGAAUGUUUGGAAAGAAUAUGAAUGAAGUGGUGGGUCUUCCUCUCUGGAAUUUAUUUGGACAAGAGAAUAAGGAAAGAAUUCAAACAUCAUUGCAACAUUUGAAAACAAACACAGGAAGUAUUGCAAGUGGUGAAACGCUGGAGAUUGAUUGUGUGAGAAAGAAUGGAACUCGAUUCCCAGCGAAAUUGAACAUUUCAUGGACCACUUUUGAUGGAAAGGCAGUCUUUGUAUGUUUCAUCAAAGAUAUCACAACAGAGAAGAAACAAAAUUCUCUUCUUGCUGAAGAAAAGAAGACUUCAGAAAAUUUAUUGAGAAAUAUUUUACCUGAAUCAGUGGCGAAAAAAUUGAAAAAUGGAGAGACAUUUAUUGCAGAAAAACUUCCUGAUAUUACUUGCUUCUUUUCUGAUAUGGUUGGAUUCACAAAACUUUCAAGCAGCAUGAAUGCACAUCAAGUGGUGAAAAUGUUGGGUGAUAUUGUGAAUGGAUUUGAUUCAUUGACUGACAAGUAUGAAUUGGAAAAAAUCAAAACCAUUGGAGAUGCUUAUUUCUGUGUUGGAGGAUUACAUCAAGCAAGUGAUCAUGCAGAACGUGUUUUGAGAUUUGCAAUAGAAACCUUCAGAGUGGUGAGAAAUUACAAUCAAAAAAUGAUUUUGGAAAAAUUUUCAACAACAGGAAAUGAUUCAACCACAUUGCCAACGAAUAAUAUGAAUACUACAUUCAUGACACCAUCCAAUAGUACAAACAAUUUAAUACCCUCAUCCAUAUCCUCAUCAUCCAUUGUUUCCCUCAAUAUUGAUCAGAUUCAUCAAGUGGAUAUUCGAGUUGGACUCAAUACUGGUGCUGUGGUUGCAGGUGUGAUUGGCACUAAAAAAUUUGCUUAUGAUUUGUGGGGAGACACAAUUAAUGUUGCUUCCAGAAUGGAGUCCACUUCAUUGUCUGGAAGAAUUCAAAUUUCACGUUCCACCUAUGAAAGAGUUCAUGAUUUGGAUUUGCAAUUUGAAGAACGAAAAAUAGAAGUGAAAGGAAAAGGUGUCAUGCAAUCGUAUCUGUUGAGUGAAAAGGCACAUGAGAGAGCCGUGUUGACCACUGAAGAAAUUGAGGAAUUACGAGACGUUGAAGCAGAAAAACAAGCUUCCACAUCAAAGAACGUUGUAGUACACGAAUCUGAGAAUUCAGAGGCCAGUCACGACCAUGUGUUUGUAAAAGAAGAAGAAGCAGAUGAAGUGGUCCUGGAACCCUCCGUUACAGAUCUUGCACACUACACAAUGAAAAGUAAAUAG